ACACACACUCACGGCUUGUUCUUUUUUCCCUUGAUAUAUCGCGGUGAAUGUGCGUGGUCUGUGUCUAGUGGUUUUUCGAUUUUUCCUCUGGAAAACUAUCAUAACUCCCUGGUUUAUAUAAAUUUGUGUUUGAAAUAGCGAAGAACGGCGUGCAAUCAACUCUGACAAGAUGUCCAAGAGAAGAAUUGAAGUGUCCGACGCCUUUUCGAAGAAGAAAAAGGAGGAUAAAUCUGAAGAGAAUGCCUCAUCGUCAACAACCACCAACAAUUUUACUCAACCUCGUCCCGGCAGCGCAAUAAAUCCCUACACCGGAAAACCCUUUUCACAGCGCUACAGCACCCUCUAUCGCAAACGUAUCACACUCCCUGUAUUUGAAUAUCGCUCGGAUUUCAUGCGUCUUUUGAAUGAGCAUCAAUGUAUAGUUCUGGUAGGUGAGACAGGUUCCGGUAAAACUACGCAGAUUCCGCAAUGGUGUGUUGAAUAUGCAGUGAGCUGCGGCAAGAAAGGAGUUUCUUGUACACAACCACGUCGAGUAGCUGCAAUGUCCGUUGCACAGCGUGUAUCUGAAGAGAUGGAUGUGAUUUUGGGCGAGGAAGUGGGUUACAGUAUUCGUUUCGAGGACUGCUCAUCGCCUAAAACAAUUCUAAAAUAUAUGACGGACGGUAUGUUACUGAGAGAGGCAAUGUCGGAUCCAAUGUUGGAAGCAUAUCAGGUUAUUCUACUCGACGAAGCUCACGAAAGGACACUAGCCACCGACAUCCUUAUGGGUGUACUGAAAGAAGUUAUCAGACAAAGGAAAGAUCUCAAAUUGGUAGUCAUGUCUGCCACUCUAGACGCUGGCAAGUUCCAGCAAUAUUUCGAUAAUGCCCCGUUGAUGAAUGUUCCCGGUCGAACACAUCCAGUAGAAAUUUAUUACACCCCCGAACCAGAGAGAGAUUAUUUAGAAGCCGCCAUCAGAACAGUUAUUCAAAUUCACAUGUGUGAAGAGAUUGAAGGAGACGUUUUAAUGUUCUUAACAGGCCAAGAGGAAAUCGAAGAGGCCUGCAAACGGAUAAAACGCGAAAUCGAUAAUUUAGGUCCAGAAAUUGGCGACUUGAAAUGUAUACCAUUGUAUUCCACGUUGCCGCCCAAUUUGCAGCAGAGAAUUUUCGAGCCACCACCACCAAAGAAGGCAAAUGGCAGUAUUGGCCGAAAAGUAGUCGUUUCAACAAAUAUUGCUGAGACAUCAUUGACUAUUGAUGGCGUCGUAUUCGUAAUUGAUCCUGGUUUUGCCAAACAAAAAGUAUACAAUCCUAGAAUUCGAGUUGAGAGUUUGUUGGUUUCACCGAUAAGUAAAGCUUCUGCGCAACAAAGAGCCGGUCGUGCUGGCCGUACACGUCCUGGAAAAUGUUUCCGUCUAUACACCGAGAAGGCCUACAAGAAUGAAAUGCAAGAAAAUACGUAUCCGGAAAUUUUGAGAUCUAAUUUAGGUACCGUUGUUCUGCAGUUGAAAAAACUCGGAAUCGAUGAUUUAGUACACUUUGAUUUCAUGGAUCCACCGGCACCAGAGACGUUGAUGCGCGCCCUAGAAUUACUUAACUACUUGGCUGCACUCGAUGACGAUGGUAACUUGACGGAUUUAGGUGCUGUUAUGUCUGAAUUCCCACUCGAUCCACAAUUGGCCAAGAUGUUGAUCGCCAGCUGCAAUCACAAUUGCUCAAAUGAAAUUCUGUCAAUUACAGCUAUGCUGUCGGUCCCUCAGUGUUUCGUUCGACCAAACGAGGCGAAGAAAGCUGCAGAUGAAGCAAAAAUGCGUUUUGCACACAUCGAUGGAGAUCACUUGACACUGUUGAAUGUGUAUCACGCUUUCAAGCAAAGCAAUGAGGAUCCAAAUUGGUGUUAUGAAAAUUUCAUCAAUUAUCGUUCACUGAAAUCGGCAGAUAAUGUACGGCAACAACUCUCACGUAUUAUGGACCGUUUCAAUUUGAAGCGGACGAGCACAGAUUUUACAUCAAAAGAUUACUAUAUCAAUAUUCGCAAGGCAUUGGUGCAAGGAUUCUUCAUGCAGGUUGCACAUUUGGAAAGGACUGGCCACUAUCUAACGAUAAAGGAUAAUCAAAUUGUCCAGUUACAUCCGUCUACAUGUUUAGAUCACAAGCCAGACUGGGUUAUCUACAAUGAAUUUGUGCUAACAACAAAGAAUUAUAUUCGAACAGUAACGGAUGUAAAGCCUGAAUGGCUUCUUAAAAUUGCGCCACAGUACUACGACAUGAACAACUUCCCACAAUGCGAGGCCAAACGACAGUUAGAAAUGAUCCAACAACGGAUGGACAGCAAACAGUACCAACAAGGAUUUUAGUCUGUAUCUUUCGUCAAAUUCAGCUGCUGUAAGGAUUUUAAUCGUUCCACAAUGCGAACAAGAACAUAAUUAUAUGUUUGCGUAGAAUGGUAUUUUUAAAUUGUUUUUCCUCUUACAAGUCAUCAACCAAAUAUCUCUAUAACUGUCGGAGCAAAAUAUAAAAUGUCAGUUUUUUUCUGUCGCCUAAUCUCUUUGCUGUUCUUCAAAAUUUAUAAAACUUGUCGCAUCCCAACACGAAAGCAGAGAAAGCAAAGUUGUUAACUAAUUUUAAAGACAACAGACCGCAGGAAAUAAAGAAAUGUACGAUUAUGUUCAGUAUAUCUCAGACACAGCAAGAACAGUAGACAUAAUAAUUAUUUAAUUACACAUAAUUCAGGUGAAUAAAACGUUCAAGCGAAUAUAUAUCAACAAGGCUGCAAUCGAUGUAAACAUUUGAUAUUGUGACUCUCAUGCCAGUUCUGUUAUCUUACAUCUUUUCCUUCUUGUUCAAUUAAAUCAUUUCAUGAAAGAAUAUAAUUGAAAGGGAUUUUUUUCUAGUAGCUAGAAUAUUCUGUUUUCAUUUUUGGAAUAGAUAUAUAUGUACAAAGACAAAAAUGCCAACGCGAAAAUAAAUAAAAAACACAUUUCCAAUAGGUUUUAGUGCAGAUUUGGUUUUGUUCUAUUUGCCCCAAUGCACACACGAAUAAUGAUUUUAAAUUAUCUAAGGGACGUUAAACAGCUGUUCUCUACAUGUAACCACAAAACAGUGAAAAAUAGAAAGUUUAUUUGUAAAACAUUGAUUGUUUCAAAAAGAAAUAAAAACACAUGAAAGUAUUUUUUCUUUUCCAAA